GAAACAAAAAUUGAGACAGAAUUUUAAAAUAUGAAAUAUUUUUCUCACUGCGUAGCCGACUAAAAAUAAAUACAAUUUAUUGGGCUGAAAAAGUAGUUCAACUUUUAGCACCACCAUUGCUAUUUGCUAGUUGCUACUCGUCGAAAAUACUCCAAAAGUCUCGAGUCCUGAAUAUAAAUAACGUUUCAAGACAAAACUCUCUCUCUUUCUAAGCAUUAAGCAAUAAGCAAUGGCCCUCGAACUGUGGGAGACGCUUAAAGAAUCAAUCACAGCAUACACGGGCCUCUCUCCAGCUACUUUCUUCACGGUCCUAGCCGUAGGCCUCACCCUUUACUACGUCGUUUCGAAUUUGUUCGGUUCCUCUGGCGAUGGCCACAUCCAACCGAGGUCAACAGCUUUUGAGGAACAAAUGGAGCCUCUGCCGCCACCGGUUCAGUUGGGCGAAAUCACAGCUGAAGAGUUGAAACAGUACGACGGUUCCGAUCCUAAGAAGCCCCUUCUUAUGGCGAUCAAGGGUCAGAUCUAUGACGUCACGCAGAGUAGGAUGUUUUAUGGACCUGGUGGCCCGUACGCAUUAUUUGCCGGAAAAGAUGCGAGCCGGGCACUAGCGAAGAUGUCUUUCGAGGACAAAGACCUAAAUGGCGACAUUACUGGGCUGGGAGUGUUUGAGCUUGAGGCCUUGCAAGAUUGGGAGUAUAAGUUCAUGAGCAAAUACGUCAAAGUCGGGACUCUCAAGACAACUGUGCCAAUAACUGAAGGCACAAGCGAAGGGCAACCAGCCGAGCCUGCAGAUGGCGUAACCACAGAGACAACUGAUGGUGAAGCCUCAAAGCCCAACAAAGAUGGCCAGUCCAAGACUAACAUGAAGGAAACUGAAGAAAAUGAGGAGAAAAAGGAGUGAUUAUGUACUCGAUAAAUGAGCUUAAGUGAGGCAUUAGGGGCUGCCUGCUUUAAUGUUUGGACACAUAGGGAUGUAUUUUUAAGUUUGCGAUAGCAAUUAUAUGUAUUAGAACUUGGAACAAACGGGUUUGUAAUAAGUUACAGUUGAAGCUUAUGGAGACAGGUUUUCUAUAACCUCGAUUUCUCUUUGCCUUUUUUGUUUUCAAAUUCUUCUUUCUUCUUCCGCACCCGUUUUGGGUGUAGUGCCCACAUCUGAAGAUCGUUCGAUUUCAGUAGUUUCUUGUGUCAGUUUACUGUUUUGUGGUGGCUACUCGUGUCAGCUUCUCAGUUGAUUGAUGUUAAUUUAUUGCAGUAAGGAAUUAAUAUUGACAGUGAA